AGAGAGGAUUGCUUCCAUUUUAAGAAGGAAGGUGGGGGGUUGGGUUGGGUUGGGCAUUUGGCUGUGGGCUGGGGAAAAAAAAAAAAAAAACAACACCAACACCAACACCAACAACAAAAGAAAUAUUAAAAACAAAAAUAAUACUACUGAGAAGUGAAAUUCAAGGACGGAGAUACUAUAUAAAAACCAGCGACAGAAUGAACAUGAGAAACAGAAUAGCCGCAAUCGACUAGGUUGGUGGGUGCCAGAGUCGCAGGGUCGCCGUUGGUGCUAAAGAGAUCAAGAGGCGCAUAGGUUUCUUCAUUGAUUCUAAUGGCGUCUAGGUUGUGGGCUUCCAGGGCUGCUUCACAUCUCAGGAUCUCUGUGCUCCACAGAGGGUUCUCUUCUGUUGUGAAAGAUCUAAAGUAUGCAGACUCUCAUGAGUGGGUGAAAGUUGAAGGCACUUCUGCUACUGUAGGCAUAACUGAUCAUGCUCAAGAUCAUUUAGGUGAUGUUGUGUAUGUUGAAUUGCCGGAAGUUGGGGCUGCUGUAAGCCAAGGCAACAGUUUUGGUGCAGUUGAAAGUGUCAAGGCUACUAGUGAUAUCAACUCUCCUGUUUCUGGAAAAGUUGUUGAAGUCAACGAAGAACUCAGCAACUCCCCGGGUUUGGUUAAUGCAAGCCCCUAUGAAAAUGGAUGGAUUAUAAAGGUGGAGAUGAGCGACUCCAAUGAAGUGAAAUCAUUGAUGGGGUCGGAUCAGUACUCCAAGUUCUGCGAGGAAGAAGAUGAAAAACAUUGAACCAACUUUUGGGAUUGGGAUACUUUGGCACAUGGAUGGAUGGAGCUGAGUCAGGGAAGGUGGAAAGUGCACCAAUCAUUUUUGUUCAUAUCUUUACCCAACAAUGCAUCCAACCCCAAUUUUCUUUUGGGCUAUGUAUUUGGUGUCGGUGUGUCGCGUUUAUGUUCAAAUUUGAAAUAAUGUUUCUUUUUAGGUGUUGGUAUUUGAUACCCCCGUGGGUGGGAGAGAGCUUUUGUGGUUCUACUUUCGCAUCAGUUAGGACUAGUAGGAAAAUGUGGCAAAUAAAUUUACAUUUAGGUUUUUGUGUUGAGCAAGAACUUUACAAGUUGAGAAUCAAGAGUUUGAAACUCCUAUUCUUACAA